GCCAGACUGGGUACACUACAGCGAUCGCUUUCAGUGGGCGGAGCCAGUGUAGAACGUUUUCCUGGGAAGUAGCGCGAGGGGUGUGACGUCAUGCGGAAGAGGAACAGACCCGGGGAAGGUUGCUGCUGCUGUAGCGCUGAGUGCAGCACUGCGCAGUGAAUGUAUGUGUGACAUAGCUGACUCCGCAGUGAAUGAGCUGUCUGUUAUGCACGGUUCUCCUGCAGAGAGAAUUAAAACUACAGUAUGCAGCAAGUCCAGGAGAUAUGUGUGGGAAAAACCGCAUCUCCAGAGGAAACGAAGACUCCGCUUGGAUCCACUGGAACGACUGGCAGGAAAAUUGUGUCUAACACAACCCAUUUUAGAACCAUUGCCCCGAAAGUUUCACCAAAGAUUGUUUCUUCCUGUGUGUCAUCCAGUUAUCCACCUUCUGUGUCAGACAUCGCACUAUCCAGUCCUAAACCCUUAAUUAUUAACACACAGAACUAUACUUUGAUGAAAGUAGCCAGUCAUGAUGGUACUUUCUCUCUUGUAGCUUUACCACAAGUCUCUCCACCUUUGGGUGGGUCGGUCCUCCAAUCCACAGGCAUACCUCUCCACGAAAAUCCCAAAUUGCCCAUCCCAAGAUACCAACCUGCACAAAGCAAGAAGCUACUAAACAAAAAGGCAAAUGUUCUAAACAAACCUAAAUUAGUAAACACGGAGAGUAUUAUAGCUUUUGAACCUAAACAAGAGACUGAGACUACAAAACCUGCUCCUGUGACGGCAACCGAGGCGAAUUCUGAAAGUAGCAUUUUUCUAGGUAUUGGAACUGAAGAAGGUAAAGUAGAUACUUGUGCUUUGGCAUGCGUUGAAAAACUUCAGCCUGUCACAUUUGGCACAGGUAGUCCUAUAAGGCUCAAUGUUAAUGUUGAGAGGAUAGACAAUGGAACAUUGGUAAGAUGUGAAAGAAAUAAAGUGGUUGAUUCUACAAACUCUUUAGCAGUCCUCUCUCCGAUGAUGUUUGGCAGCCCGGUUCAUCUCCAAUCUAUUCCAAAAGGAAAAUUACCCAUCUUGCCUUAUUCAAAGAUUACAAAAUCCUCUAUUUCUAAAUGUAAGGACUUGGCAAGUUUAGUAGAUGUUCCACUUUUGAAUGUAGGGCAACCUGGAGUUCAGACUGUUACGUGUGAAGUCCAAGCUCCCCCUCCUACAGUCACAGUUUCAAAUGUCUCCACACCUGACAGUCCACAACAGUCCGUUCUGGAGCAUGAUGUGGGCAAUUUGAGCAAACAAAAUGGCACUAUAGGAAAGAAAAAAGUAAAGAAACGAAAAGCAUCUAGUGAGACUAGCUGCCAACCUAAGAUUAAACUGGAGAGUGGCAAGCUAAUUAUGUCCAAGGAUAAAGUCAGAGCUGAGAUUGUCGAUAUGAGUGAUGAAAACGUUGUAUCAGUGAAGAAAUACAGAAACAUUAUGCCAAAGCCAAUAGUGGAAAUACACAACUUGUCAUCACUGGGUGCGUCCACUUCUGUAUUACAAGCACACUCUGCAGAAUCUCCCAUUAGAAAUCGGUUGCUCAGUAUCAGGCCACAUAGGUGGAGGCAAAUUGAUCAAAACAACGACAGUCAAAUUUUGUCUUCAGUAGCAAAGGUGUAUUAUACAUGUCAUAUCUGCAAUCGUAGUUUUCAGUUUAAACAUCACCUACAAGAUCACUUGAACAGCCACACGAACAAAAGGCCAUACCAUUGUCGUCUGUGCCGAAAAGCCUAUGUGCACUCGGGCAGUCUCAGCACGCACAUGAAACUUCACCACAGCGAGAGCCGUCUCAAGAAGUUGAUGUGUUGUGAGUUCUGUGCCAAAGUGUUUGGCCACAUUAAAGUAUAUUUUGGUCAUCUUAAAGAAGUGCAUCGAGUUAUCAUCAGUACGGAGUCUUCAGUUAAACAACUUGAGAAAAAAAAUUUGACCCUCAAUGUAAAGAAUGAAGUCAACUCAUUGGACAGGAAGAAGAGUGGUAAUAAUGAAGAUGACUAUAUUCCAGGACAAGCAGAGAAGAUCAGACUGAAGAUAAAAUGUGGGCUGUGUCAUUUGAUAGCGCCUACAUUUUCAGAUAUAAAGCUUCAUUUGCUUUCUGUACAUGGAAAAGAAUUUCAUGAAAUACUGCAAGAAGGUGUUUUGGAGAACCGACAGGGCGCGCAAGAGGAAUUGAUUAAACAAGCAGCCCACUACUGGAAAUUGCUUAACGAGAGACGAAAUCUGGUGAAGUGUAGUAGCUAUGAUGAGGAGCUUGUAGCUUCUAGUAGAUUGAAGAAACCUCUGUGUUUUUCUGACGCAGCUCACAGUGACUUUGCGGAAGAUUUAUCCUCGCCAUCAAUUGAAGAACAAGAAAACUGUCAGGAAAAAUCUCUUCCUGGGUUGUGUACAGAAAUUCAGUUCUGCUGUGGAAAUCAUUUCAACUGCCUGUUGUGUAAGCAAGUAUUUAAAGCCCAAAAUGAACUAUUUGAGCAUUGGGAGAAGCAGCACAACUGUGAGAAUCCCUUAGUGCUUUGGACAGUCUUUAGUACAUUGCUCAAAAACCAGAAAGAAACUUCAUAGGAAACGUUUGAAUUGUUUUGCAACCUGUCGGUAAAGUGGAAGGAAGUCAAGUUUAGCACUGAUGCGGGGUCAGUCACACUGCAGUGACCAUGAAUUCCGAAUUUUUGAUUUUGUAUGUGUCACAUUUCUGUGAAUUUCUUGAAUGUUUUUUUUUUUUCUCCUAUUCUGUUUGCUUGGGAGAUGCUGAUAUUAGUCAGGAGAAAGUUGGGGUAUACAGCAAUUCUAUUAUAUACAUGGUUAUUUACUAAUUGUGUCUCACCUUUUGCACAGCUGUUGAAGUGUGUAAUAUAUUAUUGCUUUGGCCUAUAUAUCCAGACACAAUUUAUUUACCCCCUUGGACUACAGGAACAUGGCCCUGAAAGCAGGACAUAUCUAAUAAGCUAUCCAUGAUGUGAUCUGUUUGUGGUUUCCACUCUUUCACUUGCAUGUUGAAGAAAAUUCUAGUACAUUAGUAAGAGGGUAAUUCAUUUUAGCGCAAGGUGCUGCCGCAGUGUUUGAUGUUUAAUGCAGCACCAAACAUUGCUAAUUUUCAUGUGCACUUCUAUGGGCAUUGUGUCAAAAUUAGCAAAGUGCCUUGACCUGCCUGUUGCAGGGGUAAUUUAACAUUAUCGUGCUGAAUUGAAUUCCCCCCUUAGUGUCUUGGUAAUUUAUAUUUUGUAGUAUUUUUACUACAUAAUCCCAUAAACAUUAAGCACUUUCUUUAUACUAUGGUAGAAUGUCUUUUGGCAAAGUGUAUACACUCACUAGCAUGAAUAUGUCACCAUACAUAUUAUAUGCUGAUUCCAUCAAGAACAUAGACAAUGAACCUGGUAUUAUUCUACCACUAUAGAUAAUGGUAUAAUCUUUACACACAGAUGAGUAAAGGAGUAUAGUCACAGCACUAUAGCAAGAAUUGGCCUUGAACACUUUCUAAUUAAGGGUAUAAAGGGGGAUAUAUUGCUGUGCCUUUAUUCAUUUAUCCAAACAUGUAUUGGGGGAAGCUAUGAUUUUGCAGAGUAUUUCCCUAAUUACACUUUGUAGCUGGCAGCACUAGAAAAUUCAUUGGAGGUUGCUGGUUGGAUUGCCCAAUCUGCUGAUAAGUUCCAUUACUUUCCCCUAUUUCAUCCUGUUUCUCUGCAAAUGCAAAAUAGGGGCCCUUUAAUUUUGAUUAAAUGUUUUUUCUUUUUCUGCCAUUUUCAAAAGUUGAUAUAAGCAAUAAUUAAGUCAGAUUAAUACAAAAGAAGGUGAGUCUACACUUAACAAACUGGAUUUUUGUUUUAUUAUAUGAUUAACACUCAGAGUUGUGCUUUAGUAUCUUUACUCAAACCUGUCUGGCAUAGUUGCAAUGUGGUUAGCUUGAUGCCUCAAUACUGUGGCCAUGGGUUCCAUUCUGACGAGGCACAAUCUAUGUUACUUAACCAUCCAUUAGAAUUUGCCAUCUAUUAUUUGCCUGUUAUAUUUAGUAGUGCCUUUUAAAAAUAAGUUUCAAAAUUCCUUGAUAAAUUAGGGAAAGGUUCAAAUCUGAUCAACAUGUCAUGGACACUAAAGAUAUCUGGUUAAGCUGAGGCAUUCUCAUACUGUAAAUAUAACUCAAAUCUAGGGCGCUAAAUAUUAAACUAGUUGAAUAGUUAAGCAAGUUACUUUUUUUCUUCUAUUUUGUGGUCCGUUUUAUAGCAGACCUUCUGUUUAAAUACAACGGUAUUUUCAACUUCAUUAUAUAGAAAACAUUCAUUACCAUAUAUAAAUGCAAACUUUUUUUUUUUUAACCCAUCCACACUGUCUAGCCUAUGUCUAUUCUAAUCAUAGUUUAAUUAGGGUCUUUAAUGGUCUUUGUACCUCACAGUUUGGAAGUUCAGUAUGUGACACUUAAGAUUUGGUUAGCGAUGUACAGUCUACUCGAGCGGUGUGGAAUAACAUUGCGUCUAUCAGAGACUGUAAAAAGCAAAAUGCUUAAACAUCUCCUUUAUCUCUCUUGUCCAAAACAUUUUCAAUAAGGAAAAUUAGUAAUUUUUUUUUUUUUUUUUUUUUUUUUUAAUAUGUAUGUUUUCAUUAAUAUGUAUCCACUUUAGAAUUCACUAGUAAGAAUAGUCAUCCACAUUUACUAAUUUUUAUUCUUUUAUUUGGUGGCUUUUUUUCUUUAACUUAAUCGAAACUGCAGCAGGCUUGAGAGUCUUUAAAAAAUGGAUGUAAAGUUAAUUACAUCAAUUAACUAUGCAUAGUAAUACAAACUAAAUACAGUAUAAAGAAGAGUAUACUGUAUCAUACAAGCAUUUCGUAAUCUACAGAAUAUUAUCAAUUUGCUGCGAGGCUGGAAUACUUAUCUCUGGCAUUGUCAUUGACCAAAAAGGAUAUAAAUUAAAUUAAUUAACCACUAUUAUUUCUAAUGGACGAGUGAACAUGAAAACUAGCUAGAUGAUAGAAUGUGUAAAUAUCUUUUCCCCUACUGUUUUAAUUACAGUAGUCCAUAUGCUUCUUAGUUUAUCUAGAAAACCUUAUGUUCUGAAAACUAAAGAACCUUAAGUGAAGAACUGUUUUUCAUUUAAUUGUGCACCUCCCAUAAAGGAUUCAGUGAAACCCUCCUCAAACCACGGAUGUGACGUGUUUACACGUGCUGAACCCAGUAGGAAAGGUCUAGCACGGAUUGUAAGGGGGUCCUGUACAUUCUGGGAAUCCAUUAAAUCCUAACCAUUGUCUGGGCAGAUUUGAAUUAUGAUACUGCUGCUGCUGGGACCAGCAUCUGCAAACAAAAUGGCAAUGGCAGAAAUCCAGGGGAACACCAAAUGCAGAAUCACUAAUGGAAUAAACAAGCCUUUUAAGUGGAGCAUAAACAGAAUAUAGUUAUAUUUGUAUGCAGAAUAUAGACAUGUUGAGUCUACUCCAAAGUUCCAGUGGGACUUGCAUCAGCCCUUGAAACUGAAUGGAAUUGGGUAUUGCUGUGUUUGCUGAAGAAUCAAGUACAUUAUAGGAUGAUUAAGGGUUACUUUUUAUUUGCUGCACCAGUAAAAAAAAGUCUAAUAGGAUUACUAUUUAUUUUUGUAUUUUAGGUACUGUCUAUUUGAAUAGUCCAGUGCUGCAAAUUAGUGAAAUUAUUCAGUGACAACUCAUGGAACUUGGUACAUUAAUUUGCACAGAAAGACACAUAUACAGUAGUAGUUCGAGGAUUAUAAUGUUUCCUAGAAAAUCCAGAACCCCAGUGCCUUAUACAUUGGUGGCUUAGAGUCCUUUUGUAUGUGCAGCUAUGUUUAUAGCACUUUUUUUCAUUUGCAACCAGGAUAUGCCUAUAGCUCUAGCAAACAUUAAAAAGAAACACAAAAUUGAAUGUUUAAGGGUUGCUAAAUGUGAUCAUCUGUAUAUUAUUUCCUUUGUCUCUUUGCACUAACAUUGUUGCCUUAAAUUACGCUUGUGCUGGGCUUAUUAGUAUUUCAGAUUUGAAGUUGCACAACUAAAACCAUCAACCACAACUGUGGAAUUAUUUAUUUGCACAAUUAUUAUUAAACCGUGGAUAAUUUGCAAAAUUAGCAUAUUCAGUUUUGUGGUUGAAAGACAAUGCUUGUUGGUUCAUAUUUUUUUUGGUAUGUUGAUACACUGUUCUAGUGACUAUUGGAAUUGUCUAUAAAUAAAGUACCAGCAUUUGUUUAUUUUUAAUAUACUAAUAUAUGUAAAUUAUUUGUUGGCGAAAAAUAUAUGCUUGUUAUUGGUGAUUUAUAA